AUGGACAAGAAAAAGUCAGUAUCUAGUUCCUCUUCUUCAUCUUUCGAUCAUAUUUUUGGUCCAAGAGUCUCCUCUCCGUCCUCUUCAUCAACAACAGGAUUGUUCCAAUCCAUUUUCCCACCACCCUCAAUGGGGACCCAAGCGGACUUGGCAAAUCGACAUGCAGCUACCAGAUAUCAACCUCCAAAUUCGGGAAUUCCAAAUAAAAGAGGAGAAAGGAGCAAGAAUAAGGAGAGAAAGAAUUACAAAAGUGAAGAAACACAACCACCAUGCAACUGGAGCUCAUCCAUUUACUAUGGAGGCCAAGAGAGCUAUUCCUCUUCAACACCAUCACGAUCAACAACCAAACCAGAUGCUUAUAAGAAAGAUGGUGAAGAAGGCGAUUCCGACAGUGCUUCAAGAGGAAAUUGGUGGGAAGGAUCGCUUUAUUACUAA